UGACAUGGCCUCAUGGUAGUCUGGAUAUAUACCCAUGCGCCACCAGAUGUCGUUCGUCCUUCCCUUUCCCCGGUCGGUCACACUCCUGUCGUCCUAGCUCACGUUCAUUAUGCCUCAAGAUCGCGCCAACGCCUGCUUUUCUGCACCUGUCUACGGGGGUGCCGUGAUCAACGAUCGUUCCACUUUAGUUUCUGCCAGCGACGAUGGAUCGCCUCAUUCCCAACGCAACUACAAUCCUUCCAGCCGCUCUGCCCAGGUAGACCCGCUUACCAGCUUUCGCAGCGGUCAUAACGCGCCAGAUCCCUGUCACCCUGCGACAGCUCCGAAUUUGAAACCUCCGCCCGGCGUGUUCACCGUCCCUUGCCGCUGGGGCCACUGCGGUAUUUCCCUCGACGACGGUUCCGCAGGCGGCAUGAAGCGACAUCUUCACGGGUUCCAUGAAGGCGACAUGAAAAAGGGAAUGCCGUGCGUAUGCAAGUGGAUGGCCGAAGACGGGACUCCCUGCCAAAAGCAUUACGCCAAUGAGGUCACGCUUACCAGGCACAUCGCCACGGUUCAUCUCAAGUCGUCUGCGGAGAACUGCCCGCACUGCGGGAUGCAUAUGAGCCGGAAGGAUGCGCUGAACAGGCACAUCCAGGCGUCGUGCCGCGUGGCCAAUCUCCCAGUGUAAAUCGGAUGUCGCCCCCGCCCCUUCUCCAAAUGAACCUUUCCGUCGCGGUCGCCAGCGGGUCUGACGACCCAGCAUGUUGAACAGCUUGGAACUGGCAUUUCUUGUUUCGUAACGGUGGAGCUGUGCUUCACGCGCGUAGACGCGCCCUCCUUAAUCCCGUUCUCAUGGAUAUCGAUGUUUGGAAACGAUAUAACCCAUAUUCAGUCACGAUCUUGAUGUGCUUGUAUUGAACGACUCCUCGACGAAUAUAUGAAUAUGUAUGAUCCGUACUAGCACUGCCCUGCUUUCGUACUGCCAGCAGCACGCUCAGUGACCGCUGAAGACACCA